ACGCACCUCACGUUUUUACCAACUCUAAAGCUCCAAGAUCAGAUGAUGGGUCAGAAAAGCUUUUCUCUAGACUUCCUGCCCUCUGGAUCUGCUGCUGUUCCUUUGGCCUCUCUGAGAAACGCGCUCGUUUUGCUGCUUUCAUCAGAUUGAAGAGGUUCCCUCUAUCUGAGUUGGUCAUGAUGCAGGACUGCUGCUCGCUCUCUGAUCCAUCCUGCUCACGCUCUCCGACGGAAAAGCCCCGAAUCUGAAUGUGACUCUGGAGGAAAAGCGGUUAGCUCUACUCCGUGAACUCUGGUGACCAAAGGUCCUCUUUUCCAGACAGGAUCUGUCCUCAGCUGAUCAGAACCAAAGCGUUGGAUCUUUAAUCUCCUGCGUUGUUCUGAAGCAUCAUGUUAAUCAGCUCUCCUGCUUUGUUUCUAUUGCAGCUGUUAGCUAAACACGGCUAAAGAAAACCUGCUACCACUUCAGGAUCAUCCAUCAGCUGGGACUGCUUCAUCGUGUUUACUUCACCAUCUGGAUCUGGACAGCAUGGAUACAGAUGUUCAACAGAUGGUUAAAGAAGAAGCUCCUGAAGAACAGAGUGCUGGUGUGGACCAGCAGGACACUGAACACCUCCACAUAAAAGAGGAACCGGAGGAACUCUGGAUCGGUCUGGAGGGAGAUCAGCUCCAUUUGAAGAUGGAGACUGAUGCUGACAGGAUUUUAGUCACUGCAGUUUCUAUAAAGAGUGAGGAUGAUGAAGAGAAGCCUCUUUUCUCACAGCUUCAUCAUGUUUCAACCAGCAGCUCAGCUGACCAGGUGACAGCAGAAACUAGUAGGAAUCCAGAUCUGAACCAUCAUGAACUGAUGUCCGAUUCUUUAGAGACUGAAGACAAUGGACAUGAUGAAGAGGAUGAUGAUGAUGAUGAUGAUGUAAAUCUAGACACUGAGCUAUCAGAGUCUGGGCCUGAAACUAGAGACGAAGACAGUGACUGUAGUGGUAGCAGAUCUUCUGAGUCAGAUGUUAAGACAGUCAACAAAUCCUGUAGCUGCCCUGAGUGUGAUAAAGGGCUUCUCAACACGGGGUCUCUCCAGAAGCAUGGGAGAGUGAUGAGUCAUUCAACAAAAAAAUCUUCUGGCUGUUUGGUUAAAAAGAAAUGUGUUCGAGUCAAGCAACUUGUAGAUUCACACAGGAAAGUCCAGAAAGAACCAAAAUCGUUUAGUUGUGAUGACUGUGGAAAAAUGUUUACUCGUAAAAUUAAUUUAAAAGAUCACAUGAGAGUCCACACAGGACAGAAACCUUUUACCUGUGAACUCUGUGGACAAAAAUAUAGCAAAAAGACUAAUUUAAACAGACACAUGAGUGUUCACACAGGACGGAAACCUUAUGCCUGUGAAUUCUGUGGACAAAAAUGUAGCAAAAAGACUAAUUUAAACAGUCACAUGAGAAUCCACACUGGACAGAAACCUUUUGUCUGUGAGCUCUGUGGAAAAAGUUUUAGCCAAAAGGCAAAUUUAAAUAGACACAUGAGAGUCCACACAGGACAGAAACUUUGUACUUGUGAGCUCUGUGGACAACAUUUUCGCCAAAGCGCACAUUUAAUUAGACACAUGAGAGUCCACACAGGACAUAAGCCUUUUGUCUGUGAGCUCUGUGGAAAAAGCUUUACUGAUGGGACAACAUUAAUCAAUCACAUGAGAGUCCACACAGGACAGAAACCUUUUACGUGUGAGCUAUGUGGAAAACACUUUAGUGGUAAGACGGCAUUAAACAAUCACAUCAGAGUCCACACAGGACAGAAGCCUUUUGCCUGUGAGCAAUGUGGACAAAAAUUUAGCCAAAAGGCUAAUUUAAGCAGACACACGAGCGUCCACACAGGACUGAAACUUUUUACUUGUGAACUCUGUGGAAAAAGCUUUAGUGAUAGUACAACAUUAACCAAUCACAUGAGAGUCCACACAGGACAGAAACCUUUUACAUGUGAGCUAUGUGGAAAACACUUUAGUGGUAAGACAGCAUUAAACAAUCACAUCAGAGUCCAUACAGGACAGAAACCUUUUGCCUGUGAGCUAUGUGGACAAAAAUUUAGCCAAAAGGCAAAUUUAAACACUCAUACGAGAGUCCACACAGGACAGAAACCUUUUGCUUGUGAGCUAUGUGGACAAAGAUUUAGCCGUAAGUCUCAUGUACGCAGUCACAUGAAUGUCCACACAGAACACAAAGUACCCAUUUUAAUCUGGUAUGUUCCUUUUUGCUUCAAAGAGUCCAUCAUUGUUCCUGUCCCGAAGAAACCCCACCCUGCUUCUCUCAAUGACUAUCGCCCCGUAGCCCUCACCUCAGUAGUGAUGAAGUGCUUCGAACGCCUGGUCAGAGACUUCAUCAUUUCUUCACUACCAGACACACUGGACCCACUACAGUUCGCUUACCGUCCAAAUCGUUCUACAGACGAUGCCAUCUGUCAUCUCCUCCACACAUCACUCACUCACUUGGACACUAGAAGGGGGAAUUAUGUUAAAAUGCUCUUCAUUGACAACAGCUCUGCAUUUAAUACCAUAAUUCCCUCCACACUCACCACCAAACUGGAGCACCUGGGACUGAGCUCAUCUAUGUGCCAGUGGAUCUCCAACUUCUUAACUGGCAGACCACAGGCAGUAAGGAUGGGCGGACAUGUCUCAGCCCCCACCACUCUCAGCACUGGAGCCCCCCAAGGGUGUGUUCUAAGCCCCCUGCUGUACUCUUUGUACACAUAUGACUGUGUGGCCAGUACCAGCUCCACCACCAUCAUUAAGUUUGCUGACGAUACCGUCGUGGUGGGCCUGAUCUCUGACAACAACGAGGCGGCCUACUUAAAGGAGAUCAGGAAUCUGGAGACCUGGUGCAAGAGGAACAACCUCCUUAUAAACGUCAGCAAAACGAAGGAGUUGAUAGUGGACUUCAGCACAAAGCAGGAGAGGAACUACCAGAUCCCUGUCAUCAAAGAGUGCCCAGUGGAGAGAGUGAGCAGCUUCAAAUACCUCGGUGUUCACAUCACGCAGGACCUGUCAUGGUCCUGUCACAUCAACAGCGUGGUGAAAAAGGCCCGGCAGCGUCUCUACUACCUCAGACGCUUGAGAGACUUCCGACUGCCCCUCAGGGUGCUCAGGAACUUCUACUCGUGCACCAUAGAGAGCAUCCUGACGGGGAACAUCAUAACCUGGUUCGGGAACAGCACCAUGCAGGACAGACGAGCUCUACAGAGGGUUAUUCGAUCAGCUGAGCGCACCAUCCGCUCCGAGCUCCCUGAUCUGCACUCGAUCUACAGCAGGCGGUGCUGGACCAAGGCCAGGAAGAUCGUGAAGGACCUCAGCCAUCCAAAUAACAGACUGUUUGCUCUGUUGAGGUCAGGGAAGCGAAUCCGCUCCCUGAAGACCAACACAGAGAGGCUGAGGAGGAGUUUCUUCCCGCAGGCGAUACAAUCUUUAAACCACACCACCACAUACGCUAGUGUCCGGCUCCCCGUGAAGGCUGCCGUGGAAGGAGGAUGCCCUUCUCCAGGCGGAUGGAAUAAUCAGACAUCCUCCCGAAAUAGGCCAGAGGCUUUGGGUCUGGCCGCUGAGCGGUUCCUGUCACUCAAAACGGCCUUGCUGCUGGCUCUGGCAUCAGUCAAGAGAAACACGGCUAAAGAAAACCUGCUACCACUUCAGGAUCAUCCAUCAGCUGGGACUGCUUCAUCGUGUUUACUUCACCAUCUGGAUCUGGACAGCAUGGAUACAGAUGAGGAGGUUCUGAAUGACCAACAGCUCUGGAACCAGGAGAGGUCCUCCAGGCUGGACCAGCAACAUCCAGAACAUUUACAGGAGGGACCAGAACCUCCACAGGUGAAAUCGGAGCAGGAUGAGCCAGAACCUUUGCAGAUUCUAGAACAAGAGGAUCUCUGCAUCAGUCAGGAUGAAGAGCAUCUUGGACUGAAGCUGGAGAAUGUUACCUCCCUUGUGACUCCUGCUGAUAAGCAAAGAGACCACGAUGAACCAGAACCAAACAGAUACCAACUCCUUCCUUCAGUGUUUCCUGAGAUCAGAGCUGCUGUUGCGGUGUCAACAGCCUGUCCAGAACUUCCUAAGCAUCACGUAUGGGAAAAGGAGGAGGUUCUGGCUGACCAGCUGCUCUCUAGCCAGGAGAUCACCUCCAGUUUGGACCAAAAAGAACCAGAACCUCCACUGAUCAAAGAGGAACAGCAGGAGCUCUGUAUUGCUCAGCCUGAAGGGGCAUUCAUUCUCAAGCAGGAAAAUGUUACCUUUAUGGUGACAUCUUCUGAAGGAACCGACUGCUGUGACCCAGAACCAAACAGGAUCCACAUCUUGUGUCAGAGUUCUACUGAAGCUAAGAACCAAAAUCAGGAUGGAUGCAGGAAUGAAAACUCAGAAUCAAACAUCAAUGAAGAUGUGAGUCAAAACAAAAUGAGUCAACAAACCGAAGAUCACAGAGACCGUGCAGAUAGUCAAAAACCAAACAGGCUCAAGGGGGCUCAGAGAGGUGACAGACCAUUCACAUGUGAAAGUUGUGGUAAAUGUUUCUCUUGGAAAGGUUCCUUGACCAAACACACAAGAACUCACACAGGUGAGAGACCAUUCACGUGUGAAAGUUGUGGUAGAUGUUUCUCCCAGAUUUAUGACUUGACUUCUCAUAUGAAAUCUCACACAGGUGAGAAACCAUUUACAUGUGAAACAUGCGGUAGAUGCUUCUCUUGGAAAGCUUCCUUGACUAAACACACAGUAACUCACACGGGUGAGAGACCAUUUACAUGUACAACUUGUGGUAGAUGUUUCUCUCAGAAUACCCACUUGACUUGUCAUAUGAAAUCUCACUCAGGUGAGAAACCAUUUACUUGUACAACUUGUGGUAAAUGGUUCUCUCAGAAUAACCACUUGACUUCUCAUAUGAGGUCUCACAUAGGUGAGAGACCAUUUACAUGUGAAACUUGUGGUAGAUGUUUCUCUCAGCAUUAUUACUUGACUUCUCACAUGUGUGUUCACACAGAUGAGAGACCAUUUACAUGUACAACCUGUGGUAAAUGUUUCCCUUUGAAAGCUUCUUUGGCUGAACACAUGAGUACUCACACAGGUGAGAACUAUCUAUGUAAAACGUGUGGUGAUAGUUUCCGUCGUAAUUGUGAUUUGACUAGCCACAUGAAAGUUCACACAGGUGAGAAACCGUUUAAAUGUGAAAAGUGUGGUAAAUGUUUCACUUGGAAACCUUCCUUGAUUUCUCACAUGAAAACCCACACAGGUGAGAAACUAUAGGAUUGAUCACUUGACUUCUAACUUGAAAACUCAAAAUGUUGCAAGCUCUCGCAUGCCAAAAACAAUGGAGGUAAUGAACGAAGUCCUAAGGAGAGCAAAGAUAAGCUCGAGCUCGCUCGUGCGAGUGGAAUCAGGCAGGAGUGGUCCAACUGAAGAGGAAACAGCAGAAGAGGUGGUACCAAAGAAGGCCAGCUGAAGAGACAUCUCAGGAAAUGAAAGUCCUCUGUGGAAAGUUCUGGACUUUGGGUGGAGACUGAGACCAGCUUACAAAUAUAACAUCAUAUGGGUACGGCUGUCUUGUGUUUGACUGAGAUAUGAAACUGACAAAUAAUCACAUUGUUUUGCUGUCUUGUGAUAAAAAGAUGUAUGUAACUGGCAAAAGAUUACAUUGUUUAGGCUGUCUCAUGAUUAGUUGAGGUAUUGCUUCACUAUGGAAAAUGUUAUGCUUGGCAGUUUCUAGAAUGAUAGAAGUAGAGUUGGACAGUAGAGAGACAGAGCAGUGGUAGAGAGUAAGAGAGUAGAGGGGAUAGAAGAGGUCGACGAGAAGUUGAAGAGGGACUUGGACUUAUUAGACAGUUAGAGUUGACACAAGUUGACGAAGUAGCAGCAGUUAUUCUCAGGAAGAUUUUUAGAAGCAGCAUCCUCCUAAGGGGAUUGUUAAUCUUAUAUUUACUCUUUUUUUUGUAUUUUUUAAUUUUGAAAUAAAUUUUUUGGAAAAAGAA